UGACAGCUUAAAUAAACCACAUUUCCCCUUGUGGAUUAAUAAAGUAAUCGCUACUAAAGGUCAUUUGUAUUCAAAUUGCUGGCUUCACUACACAGCGUUCAACUCUUCCCCUAUUUUACCGAAACUGACCGGGAUCACUGCCAUUUUCAUCCAAUUACAGAUAUGAGGCUGUAUCUGUUUCUAGCUGUGACCCUGAUGACCCUUCUCACCGAGGUGGUUCACGGGGCCGAGAAGAAGAAACUCCAAAUUGGGAUAAAGAAAAGAGUGGAAAACUGUCCCAUCAAGUCCCGCAAGGGGGACGUACUGAACAUGCACUACACCGGAAAGCUGGAAGACGGGACUGAAUUUGACAGCAGCAUCCCGAGGAAUCAACCCUUCACCUUCACUCUGGGCACUGGACAAGUCAUCAAGGGCUGGGACCAGGGGCUGCUGGGAAUGUGUGAGGGAGAGAAGAGGAAGCUGGUCAUCCCUUCCGAGCUCGGUUAUGGUGACAGAGGGGCACCACCCAAAAUCCCAGGUGGCGCCACACUCAUCUUCGAAGUGGAGCUGUUGAGCAUCGAGAGAAGAUCCGAUUUAUAACGCGCAGCUUUAACCUGUACAUGCACUGAGGAACAGCCAAAUCGCUGCUGCUGAUGCUGCUCUGGAGGCUAUACGGUGGUUCAGAGAUGAUCAAUCACGUACAUGUAGAUUCGAUAAGAACGAGUUCAAACAAAUAAAGAAACACCAUCUCCGUCAGAGCCGGGAUUGUUUCAGCACCAUUCUUUAUUUUCUUAACAAUCUUACUACACACACUUGGAUGUGAGAGUGCAUACAGUACAGUAUAUCAUUCCAGCAAACAGGGAUUGUGUUUACUUCUGAUCGUCCAAAAUGUUCCGAGUUGAAUUUGUUGAGUGGAAUAAAAAUUUUAUGUACAAAAAAAA